UAGUAUUAAAACAAACAGCCUCCCAUCCACUUCCUUCCUUUUAACCCCGGCGGUCAGUGUGGUGUGAGAGCGUGUGUGCUCUGAGUUCGCUCGGCACACGUUCUAAAAAAAAUAAUAAAAAAUUAAAAAAAAAUUCAAAAUACAUAUAUAAAAAAAAUAAGCCAAAAAAUCUUUCUUUUUUUUGUAACAAGUUUGCGGAGCAGGCGUUCGAGGACGGGACGGUAACGUACAAGAAAAGGGCUAGCUUAACCAGCGACCAGUUGUUUUUCUUUUUUUAAGUCGAAUUUACAAGAAACGGGGGCGUCCAGUAACGUUUUUGAGUGUGGAAGUGACAAUUUAACGUUAUCAUUUAUUUUUUUGAACCUCAACAAACGCUUCCAACCGACAAGUCAACGGUCGUGCUCUCCCAUCAUUCCGCCCCGGACUGACGUGACCGUUUGGACCUCCGCAACUUUCUUCUUCGUCUUUUCCGUUAAGAACAACUCGAGCUUCGUCCGACCAUCGUCGUGUUGACAGUCUCCUCACAGCUAAAGAACGAUGAACCCCAGCGCUCCCAGCUACCCCAUGGCUUCCUUGUACGUCGGGGACCUGCAUUCGGACGUCACCGAGGCCAUGCUGUACGAGAAAUUCAGCCCAGCCGGAGCCAUCCUCUCGAUCCGGGUCUGUAGGGACAUGAUCACCCGGCGUUCCCUUGGAUACGCCUAUGUCAACUUCCAACAGCCAGCGGACGCGGAGCGGGCUCUGGACACCAUGAACUUCGACGUGAUCAAAGGGCGGCCCGUACGCAUCAUGUGGUCGCAGCGUGAUCCGUCGCUGAGAAAAAGCGGAGUGGGAAACAUUUUCAUCAAGAAUCUUGACAAGUCAAUCGACAACAAGGCUCUUUAUGACACCUUCUCUGCUUUUGGCAACAUCUUGUCGUGUAAGGUGGUUUGUGAUGAGAAUGGCUCUAAAGGCUACGGCUUUGUGCAUUUUGAGACUCAGGAGGCUGCUGAACGAGCCAUUGAAAAAAUGAAUGGCAUGCUGCUCAAUGACAGAAAAGUGUUUGUGGGCCGAUUUAAAUCUCGGAAAGAGCGUGAAGCUGAGCUGGGUGCCCGGGCCAAAGAGUUCACGAAUGUCUACAUCAAAAACUUUGGCGACGACAUGGAUGAAGAGAAGCUGAGUGAGCUUUUCAGUCAGUACGGAAACGCUCUGAGUAUUCGGGUCAUGACGGAUGAAAGCGGAAAGUCUAGAGGGUUCGGAUUCGUCAGCUUUGAAAGACACGAGGAUGCCCAAAAGGCGGUGGAUGAAAUGAAUGGCAAGGAGAUGAAUGGAAAGCUCAUCUAUGUUGGCCGAGCUCAGAAGAAGGUGGAGCGACAGACGGAGCUGAAGCGCAAGUUUGAACAAAUGAAACAAGACCGCAUGACUCGUUAUCAGGGUGUCAACUUGUAUGUGAAGAACCUUGAUGAUGGAAUUGAUGAUGAACACCUGAGAAAGGAGUUUGCCCCAUUUGGUACCAUAACCAGUGCCAAGGUGAUGAUGGAAGGUGGGCGCAGCAAAGGCUUUGGUUUCGUCUGCUUCUCGUCCCCAGAGG